CCACACUGUUUGACGUGUACCCUAUCAGCGCACUUUGCGACGCUGAGUUGCAACGAAACCUCAAGAGAAGCUCAAAAGCGUUUCUGAACUGAAAGGGCAGUUGGUUGAAAUCAAGUGGCAUGCAAAGAGGCACCCGUCGUCUCGUUACAUAUUAACUGCAGGUUCACAAAUCGAAGUGGAAAGAAAACGGGAUCGGUAUGCGAAGGCACUGCAAGUGGCAAGGGAAAUCAGUUCCAUGACUCAUGAAGCUGAGAGGGAUAGCUGCCAGGACUGUGAAGAACUGAAAAGACAGCUGAAGGGCGCAGAGGAGGGGCAAAAGGCAAAUGCAGAGGAACGUGACCAGCUGAGAAGAAAAUUGGAGGACUCAGAGGAAAAAUACGAAUUGGGACGGAUGCUAAGACUCAUGAAGAAGAUUGUGAGCCAGAUUGAGCAGCUCUUGCCCAAUCCGACAGCAGAAGCCAGCAAGGUUGACAUCGGAUAUGGAGUGCUUGUGGAGGCAACCACUCUUGCAAGAAUCGAGUCUCAAUGUGCAAACACUGCCAACACAUAUGCACGGGUGCUAUUGAGCAAUGUCUUUGGACGGGAGAACCUUAUUGGGAAGUCGCUCUACGGAGUGCAAUCGAAUGCCAACAAGGGCAGUGAUGCGAAGCCGCCAUUGGACCGUGAAAAGCUGGAUGCUGUUCUUGGUUACACAUGCCAGAAGUUCCGCCAGCCUGUGGGGCCGAUCAAGAACAGCCUAGCAGCGAUGCUUAGUAAACUGUCGAGGCCACAGAACUGAGAACGGAAUGUUUCUCCCACUUCAUCUCAAGUCAAAUGCACGAACAUCCAACAUAUGUGUGAUAAUGAUGUGAUAACGCCAUCAAUAUAGUCAUUAUGCUCG